AUGGCACCUUCAAAGCGCGCCAACAGCUCAUCCUCAUCAGGUUAUUUUGAGAACCAUUCCAAGGGGCCAAUGCUACGAUGGCAAGACUCUCUUCCAAAAUUGCCCGUGCCGACACUUGAGGAGACGGCCAAGCGUUACCUGAAGUCGAUUCACCCUCUUCUGUCUCCUACCGAAUAUGAGGCCAGCAAGAAGGCCGUCGACGAGUUUGUCCGUCCUGGCGGCGUAGGCUCCAAGCUUCAAGAAAAGCUCGUGGCGAAGCGUGAGGAUCCUAACACAAAGAACUGGAUCUACGAGUGGUGGAACGACGCUGCCUACCUCUCCUACCGGGACCCUGUUGUUCCUUUCGUCAGCUACUUCUACUCCCACCGAGACGACCGCCGAAGACGAGACCCAGCUAAGCGCGCUGCUGCGAUCACGACGUCAGUCCUUGAGUUCAAGAAGCAAGUCGACGCUGGUACCCUUGAGCCAGAGUAUAUGAAGAAGCUGCCCAUCUGCAUGGACAGUUACCAGUGGAUGUUCAAUGCUUCUCGUGUCGCCGCCAAGCCCGCCGACCACCCUGUUAAAUACUCUCCCGAGGAGAACAAGCACAUUAUUGUUAUUCGCAAGAACCAGUUCUUCAAGAUUCAACACGAGAUUGAUGGAAAGCAGCUCAACACUUCGGAGCUUGAGCAACAGUUCAAGCGUGUCUAUGAACUUGCCCAGCGUGUUCCUGCCGUUGGUACCCUCACAUCGGAAAACCGAGAUAUCUGGACAGAAGCCCGCGAUAUCCUGCUCAAGGCCAGCCCCAAGAACAAGGACGCCCUUGAGGCCAUUGAGUCAUCUUCUUUCGUGGUUUGCCUUGACGAUGCCGCACCUGUUACUCUAGAGGAACGUGCCCACCAGUACUGGCACGGCGAUGGUGCCAACCGCUGGUACGACAAGCCCCUGCAGUUCAUUGUCAAUGAUAACGGUACCUCUGGCUUCAUGGGUGAACACUCUAUGAUGGACGGUACUCCCACUCAUCGCCUUAACGACUACGUGAACGAUCUCAUCUUCGGAAACAAGCUUGACUUCUCUGAUCCCAACGUUCGCUCAAACCUCCCCGAUCCCCAGCUCGUUAAGUUCGAAAUCACUCCUGAAGUCCAGAGCGAGAUCGACCGUGCUACCAAGGACUUCAACGAUAUUAUCAGCAAGCAUCAACUUGCCGUACAGGCCUACCAAGGUUAUGGAAAGGGUCUCAUCAAGAAGUUCAAGUGCUCUCCCGAUGCUUAUGUCCAGAUGAUUAUUCAACUUGCCUACUUCAAGAUGUAUGGUAAGAGCCGACCUACUUAUGAGUCUGCUGCCACACGGCGCUUCCAGCUUGGUCGUACCGAGACAUGCCGCACUGUUUCUGACGACUCUGUCGCUUGGGUCCAGGCUAUGUCUGAUGCUUCCAUCGAUGACAAGACACGUGUUGAGCUUUUCCGCAAGGCGAUCAACGCCCAUCUCGAGUAUAUCACUGCCGCAUCUGACGGAAAGGGUGUUGACAGACACCUGUUUGGUCUCAAGAAGCUCCUUGAGUCUGGCGAGGAAGUCCCCGCCAUCUACAAAGACCCUGCCUACGGCUACUCUAGCUCGUGGCAUCUGUCUACAUCGCAACUUAGCUCUGAGUUCUUCAACGGUUACGGCUGGAGCCAGGUCAUCGAUGCCGGCUUCGGCAUUGCAUACAUGAUCAACGAGAACAGCCUUAACUUUAAUAUCGUAUCAAAGGGCCUUGGCAGCGACCGUAUGAGUUACUACUUGAAUGAAGCUGCCAACGAAAUGCGGGAGCUACUCACUCCCACCCUUGAGCCUCCCAAGGCCAAGCUAUAG